AUGUCGCAUGAGCAGACGAAGGGUGAGUCGGCAAUCCGUCGGUUCAGUGGAGACGGAGGUGAUCCUCAAAAGGACUACAAGUUGUGGAAACGCUGGUCCCGUGCGUAUUUGGCUGUCCAGAGAGCAAAAGGUACCGAUGACUCAGUUUUUGGUGCAAUGCUGUUUACAAUGUUGGAUGGAACGGCGCUUCGCGCAUUCGACGCUGUGAACAUGGAUGAGCUGGAGCAGACUGGCGGACAAGACUUGGUAUACCAGAUUCUGGAUGAGAGGUUUCCCGAAGAAGCAGUUCACGAUCGUUUGGGUGAGGUGCUUGACAAGGUGUUUGACCUGAAGCUCGAGAAGGGCGAAACUACAUCUGGACAUACUGGAAGGGCCAGGGCAGCCUUCAGUGCAGCCGAAGCUGAAGGUGUAAAGCUGCCAUCCGUGGCCAGAGGCUAUUUGUUGCUUCGCAAUGCCAAGUUGCCGCAGGACAAGAAAGCUGUUGUCAUGGCGGCUUCCCGACAGUCCUAUGAGGAGCAGGACAUUGCAGCUGCUUUGAGAACGACAUACCCAGAAGGUCUCUAUGCCGGACGGCAUGGAAGUCAUGAUGUGGGUGACAUCGGCGAAGUCUUCUUGGCGGAGGAUGAGGAGGGCCUGUUGGGUGGUGAGGACGCAAUAGAGGAGCAAGAUGCUGUGGACGUGAGCUUCGUUUGUAUGGUGAAUGAAUCAGCUGCCGACGACGGGGAGAGCCAGAUUGAUGCCGUGAUGCGCAGUUGGUCAGAGCGACCUCGUGACAGCUGGACCUUCGAUGAGAAAGAAGUCAUUCGCCAUCAUCCCAAGGACUUCUUGUUCAGCCCUGCUCGAACUGGCUGUCCAAUACCGCUCAAUGAAUUGAGUAUGGCCCGCAUGACUGUCAUGAAGAACAGUGAUGGCACGACCGAAGAGCAGUUUGCACCGAACUGGAAGAACAGUUUGGAGGCACACCGCAGGACAGACAAGACAUGGACUGGAAAGACCAUCUUCUACCGCGUACAAGGUCAUGGUGAUCCAGAACCAGAAGACCUUCGACAGUUGAGUGAUGAGGCUCUGUUCCGCCUGUUCGACCCGGAGGAUGUGGUGUACGGCAGUGAAUAUGCCUACCAGGUGGAGGGUGUCGACCAGGAGGUGGAGGAGCUUCAACAAGACGAUCAAUGGGAAAUGGUCGAAGGAGAUGAAUUUCCGGGGGCUUUCAAGGAGCCAAGCAGUGGUGAAGAAGAUGGAGAAUCACGACCGCAAGAGAGCAACUGCGGCCUGGUUCAUGCCGCAGGAUAUGGAACCCUGGACACUGGAUGUGGCCGUGGCUUGGUCGGUGAAAACACACUGGCGAGGCACAUUGAACGCCUAGAGGAACAUGGUCAUUGCUACAAGGAACUGCCUGAGAAGAUGCACACCUUCAGGUAUGACAACGGCUCAGCAGAUCGCACUGGAAGACGAGUGGAGCUGCCAGUAUUUGUGGCUGGUCGGGAACUUCGUGUGAGGCUACAUGUGGUUUCAGGUGAUGUUCCACUGUUGAUUUCAAAGGGGCUGCUGAAGAGCCUUGGACCCAUGAUCGACUUGAACACCAACAAGCUGGUUAUGACAAAGGCUGGCAUUGCAGCGCCAAUUCAUGAGAUGAAGGACAACUCCUACCAGAUCAAUUUGCUGGACAUGGAGAAGGGCGUGGGCAUCACCUCACCCGAGGUGGACGUGAUGAAAGUAGAUGCUUUUCAUAAGGCCUCCAGCCAGGAGGAAGAUGAAGAAGAGAUUGGCGUGCAUUGUGUGUUCAAGGCCAAGGAGAGAAAGCAGGUGGCAGAGAACAUGUCAGCAGUUCUGGCUCAGAACCAAUGUGAGGCACCUACGGUGAUGGAGUUCUUUUCGCCGGGUCGCUUCCAAGAACUGGCAGGGCAGUGUGGCAUGGUUGGACGAGGUGCCUCGGAUUUGAGUGAAGGAUGGGAUUGGCGGAGGAAGGAAGAUAGAACUAGAGCAGAACAGGCAAUUACCAUCGCCGAUCCUGAUUUUUCAGUGUUUUCACCACCUUGUGGACCGCUGUCACUCAUGCAGAACUUGACCCCAGAAGAUAGGAGAAGUGAUCCCAAAGGACAUCAACUAGAGGUCAAGCAGGCUAAGGACAUGAUCAGAUGGUCACUGAACCAGGCUGAAUUGAGGAUUGAACACGGUCGUUUCUUUGUUUUCGAGUCGUCCAAAACCAGUGGUGCUUGGCGAACACCGGAGAUGCAAGCCUUUGCUCGCAAGCAUAGUCCUUUCCUAAUAGAUGUACCCGCAUGCUCAGUAGGCUUAAGGGACCCACAGACCGGACUUCUGUUUGGAAAGAGUUGGCGAUUCAUGACAAACUGCCAGACCGUGGCGGCAGCUCUGGGCAAGUUGACCUGUGACAAGAACCAUGAGCACCAAGUCGUUGAAGGCACAUCGGCCGGCAUGUUGCCAUCAAUCCGUACUCAGGUAUAUCCCAACCGGUUGAUUAGGAUCAUUUUAGGAGCAAUGGCCCAACGUGAAGCAAUUGCAUGUCAGUGCAUGGCCGUGAGUCAGGCAACAGUGCAGGGAGAUUUGAAAGGCGAAGGUCGUAGGAGGGUUGAGAGAGCAAUCAACAAGCUACAUGUAAAUUUAGGCCAUGCAUCAAGAGCCGAUAUGCUUCGAAUCCUCCGACACCAUCAUGCCCAGGAGUCAGUGCUUGAACUAGUGAAGAGCUUUGAGUGCAGCGUUUGUCAAGCCCGGGUUGCACCAAAGGUGGCAAAGGAAUCAGCGCCGCCGCGAGACAUCGCACCACUGCGGUACAUAGGUUUAGACGUCAAACAUUUGCCAUCUUGGAAACCACAUGAGAAGAUCAAAGCUCUAAAUGUCGUGUGUCGCAUGUCAGGUUUGCAACAGAUGUAUCCGUUCAAAGAGCAGGAAGCGGCGGAGGUCAUCGGUAGGUUGUAUCGCAACUGGACUAGAUCGUAUGGUCGGCCAAGGCAUGUGAAGUUCGAUGCAAGUCGGUGCAAUCUUGGACAGACAUUUCUAGACAUGCUCGAGCGUGAUGGCACCACACCUCUAGAUAUUCCUGGCGAAGCACAUGAACAGAUGGGAGACGUUGAGAGUCAGGGAUGGCAUUUUGAAGAGACCUUUCGUAGG